AUGGGGUUGCGUGGUUUUAUCAAGCUCUUUGCUGUUUUUGGAACUCUUCUAGCUUUGUUUUCGAACUUAUUCAUAUACACAUACCCUUCAAUUCAUCCUGGUAGAUGCUCCUGGGCACGUACCAAGAAUGAUAAGUUUGUGGAUGUAUCUCUACCAAAAGGUCUAUCCACCACAAAUAAAGUUAAAAUAACUGUUCAGAACUACUUUAAUGAUCUAUUUGGGUACACUGAGAAUACCGAGGAUUCUGCUGUUGAAGAUAUUCAUUUCAUGGCAUUUGGUGAUCCUCAAAUUAAAGGUAUCUUUAAGAACACACCAUAUAAUACCAGGUUAGAUAUUUUUGGAAAUGAUUACUACUUGGGUCACAUAUACUCAAUGAUGAAGAAAAGGUUAAAGCCUUUACAUGUGGCGGUUCUGGGAGAUUUAUUCUCAUCUCAAUGGAUCGGUGAUUCCGAAUUCUAUAAUAGGACCUAUAGGUAUAUGGAUCGCAUCUUUCAAAGAGACACCACUGAGAUUGUAAAUAUUAAGGAGAAUCAUCAUGACGAAGAAGGCCAGUAUAAAACAGACUGGAAAGCUUGGGGUGAUCAGUUUAAGGAAUACUACGAGAAUAACAUGACGUUCCCAUUUGGUUAUUCUGAUGUUUAUUCGUGGAAUCCUAACCAGGAAAACUUCUUAUUUAUUAAUAUUUCUGGUAACCAUGACUGUGGUUAUUCUGGAGAUGCCACUUACCAACAUAUGUCUAGAUACUACGACAUGUUUGGUAAAGAUAAUUAUUGGAUUGAAUAUGAUACAAAUACUGACCACCCAUGGCGUAUUGUUGUCCUGAAUAGCUUAUUGUUAGAUGGCCCACCUUUGCAACAAGAGUUUGUUGAUGCAACAUGGGAAUUCCUAUACCAAUUGUUUGAGCGCCGUUUUGAAGGAAACACAAUUUUACUAUCUCACGUACCAUUCUAUAAAGAGGAAGGUCUAUGUGUUGAUGGUCCAGAAUUUAGAUACUAUCCGGAAGUUUUCGAAAGAGAACCAUAUAAAGCUAAUCUAUUAAGAUCACAAAACCAUCUAAGUAAGGAAACUUCAGAAAAAGUUUUAAACUUGGUGUUCGAUAAUGAUAAACCAGGUAUAGUAUUGACUGGUCAUGACCACGAAGGCUGUGAGACUAUUUAUAAUAAGUUCAAGAAUGGUACAUGGGAAGCUACAAGAAAACCAGUUUAUGAGGAUACACUUGCUCAUAUACAGGAGGUUACGGUUAGAGCUAUGAUGGGUGAGUUCUAUGGUAAUACUGGCUUAAUUACUGGUCAUUUUAAUAAGUCACUGAAAACCUGGGAAUGGAAAUUUUCCUUGUGUCCUUUUGCUAUACAGCAUGUCUGGUGGAUUGCCAAAGUCUCAGCAUUAAUUUCAGGUUUUCUAUGGUCUUUUAUUGUUCUUCUGAACUAG